GGGAUAAAGCGUAGAUGAUCGUGAUGACAGUGUUUCACAUAGAUCUUUGUUCUACUUUCUGUAAAUUUAAAAGCAUUCAUCUUUCCAUAAUAACCAUUUUGAUUUUUGUUUUGUAAUUUUUUAGUAGGUAAGGGCUCAUCAAAGAAAAUAGAAGAAGAGAGAAUGUACCUUGUAAACGGAGCUCGCCUGUUACAGGAUCUGAUCUCUUCUUGCGAUGGAAAAGUUAAUCCUAUUAGGAUCUUCUCUGCAGAAGAGCUCAAAAAGGCCACCAACAACUAUGAUGAGGGACGGAUUUUGACUAGGGAGGGAAAAUUCAUCAGUUACAAAGGAACCUACCAUGACUGUCCGAUUGUUGCAAAGAAGCUUGUAAUUGUUCCUCAUGAUGAAAAUACCUGUAAGCGUUUCCUUGACCGCAUUUUCAAUGAAAUCAUUAUUUUGUCACAGAUCAACCAUAGGAAUGUUGUGAGGCUCUUGGGUUGUUGCAUCGAGACGGCAUCCCCCGUUCUAGUUUAUGAAUUCAUCUCCAACAAAAGUCUUGCCUACCAUAUCCGAGAGACCACCAUUUCAACUCGAAUUUCAUGGGAAAUUCGUAUAAGAAUCGCUAUUGAAAUUGCAGAUGCAGUUACAUACCUACACACUGCCACUCCCAAGACCAUUGUUCAUAGGGGUGUGAAAGCCUCCAGCAUCUUAUUGGACGAAAACUAUAUUUCCAAACUAUCAGAUUUUGAGCUGGCGAUAGCCAUCCCCAUAGGUGAAACACAUGUAAAACCGGGUUUUGCAAGCAAACUUGGACACAUCGACCCUGAAUACCUUCGUACUGGCCAAUUAACAGAAAAGCAUGAUGUUUUUAGCUUCGGGGUGUUGUUGCUUGAGCUUUUGACUGGUCAAAGGGCUUUCGAUCUAAGGAGAUCACAUGUGGAUGAGGAUGUUCUAUUAGUGGAUUUCGUCGCUUCGUCCUUGAACGAGAAGCGGCUUAAUUUGGUAUUAGAUCCUAGCAUUUUUGAAGAGGGGAAGAUGGGACAAUUCGAAGCUUGUGCAGAAUUCGCCAUAGCACUCAUCAAAGAGAAGGCAGAGGAAAGGCCGACAAUGAAGGAAGUGGCGCAAGAGCUAAGACGAAUACAAAAAAGGGAGCUUUCUCCUUGAGGAAUGCUAGCAAGAUUCUUCUUUGGUAGCUGUUUGGCCAUGUGACUCGAAACACAGCUUGUGUAUAGAUGGAAAUGAGAAUUUCAAUUCAAGCCUUGAAUUAUAGAAUUUAUGUGUGUGUGUGUGUGUGUGUGUGUUUUCCAUGUGUUACUUGCGUACUUCUUGUUUUGGUUAUGAUUGUAUGAUGGGGUCAUCCUGGCCAUCCAAGACAAGUUGGAUUGUUCUGAUCAGAGAGUGGCUUGCUGAUGCAGCCAAUCUAUGGCCAAGAGUGAGCC